AAUAACAACAAUUAAAGGCAGCCGUCAGAGGUGAUUUUUAAGGUGAAGUGAAUAAAUUAGUCAGGCUCUUGGGUGUACUUUGUGAACAUGGUGGAGUAGGCGUCUGCCGGAGCCUCGACGGACGCUUGGCUCGUUCUCAGCGGGGAGGCUAAGCAUGGCCCCGGGCUCACUGGUGGCGGCCUGCCGCAGCCUGGCCCUCUCGACGUGGCUGCUCUCCUUCUGCUUCGUCCACCUGUUGUGCCUGGACUUCACUGUGGCCGAGCGGGAGGAGUGGUACACCGCCUUCGUCAACAUCUCCUACGAGGACCCGGCCACCAGGGAUUUCCGUUCAGAAAAGACGGAGUGCGGCCGUUACGGGGAGAACUCUCCGAAGAGGGACGCCAAGGGGGUGGUGGUCCUUCCGGUCGACCGCCAGGCUUGCGACCCCAACACCCGCUUUCCAGUGCCCGUCCAGGCUGGGGCCUGGGUGGCGCUAAUAGCCCCGGGGAACUGCACCUACAAGGAGAAGAUCCGCCACGCUGCGGCGCAUAACGCUUCCGCGGUGGUCAUCUUUAACGUGGGCUCCUCCAACAACAACGACACCAUCACCAUGCCCCAUUCUGGCACAGGUGACGUUGUUGCCAUCAUGAUUCCAGAGCCUAAAGGCCGUGAGGUGUUGGCGCUGCUGGAGCGAAACGUGACGGUGAAUAUGACCAUCACCAUUGGAACAAGGAACCUGCAGAAGUAUGUGAGCAGGACAUCUGUGGUGUUUGUCUCCAUCUCCUUCAUUGUGCUGAUGAUCAUCUCCCUCGCCUGGCUGGUCUUCUACUACAUCCAGAGGUUCAGAUAUGCAAACGCCAGAGACAGGAACCAGCGACGUCUUGGAGACGCUGCAAAGAAGGCCAUUAGUAAACUGCAGGUCCGCACCAUCAGAAAGGGCGACCAAGAGACGGAGGCCGACUUUGACAACUGCGCUGUUUGCAUUGAGGGCUACAAACCCAAUGAUGUGGUCCGCAUCCUUCCCUGCAGACAUUUGUUCCAUAAAAGCUGCGUAGAUCCUUGGUUGCUGGACCAUCGCACGUGUCCCAUGUGUAAAAUGAACAUCCUCAAAGCUCUGGGCAUCGCUCUCAACGCAGACUGCCUGGAUGACCUGCCACUCGACUACGACCUGGCUCUGGGAGGUAUGGGUGGAGUUGGUGUGGGUGGAGUUGGGGGAGUCGGGGUCCUGGCCUUGGAGGCUGUGGUGUCCGGGGCGUCCAGUGAUGGCACGCUCAGCGAAGGUGGCUCGUCGGUGGUGCUGGAUCCUGGGGUGCGACGGGUUGGACUCCCUCAGGACUACCAGGACCUUGACCCCCUGAGAGACAGUCCUUUGACGGCCACCACAGAUACACACACAGGUGACCAUUUGCCAAUGGCUAGCAGCGCCUCCGCUGCAUCGUUGGUCAUUGCAGUUGAAACGGGUUUGUCUGAUGAAGAAGGGUCUGUGGAGCAGUCUCAGCUGGCAGACAAAUCCUGAGAGCCCGGAAAGAGCCCAGGACACAUCGUAGACCUCAGUAAAACCAAAACUGAAACCAGAUCCUAAACCACCAAUGACUGCACCUCAUCAAAUUAAGGCCAAGGGGAAAACAAAAUGCAAUUUGAACUGGUAUUAGUUUUCUUCCUAUGAAACCUAAUCUGUUUCUCUGGACACACGCCCGACCCAAGCCAAUCAAGGACCAGGACCUGAACUUGGUUGUCGGGACAAAUCCUGGAAUCUGAUGAAUGAGUUGGAUCCACACCAACAAGUGACGUUCCAACCAUGUGAAAACUCAAAUGGACCUGGUAAAACUCGGUCACCGCUAGCCCUCCAAGAAGAACCUCCAAAAGGUCAGGAUUCUUGUUGAUCAUGAAAUAAUAAAACCUGGAAAAUCUUUGUUGAUCUUUCUCCACUCUGUGCACCAGACUGAUUGGUGUUAUUGCGGAGAUCUUUGUCAGCAUCCCUACCUGUGCUGCUUGUGUUGGGACCACAGCAGGAUGUCCUGUUGACCAAUCCACUCCAGUUCAGGGGUGACUGGGUUGACGUUUUAAGCUAAUUAAGCUGCCAACAUUUCAGGCUUGAUCUGUUCUGGAAUGAUGACUUUUAUCUUUAAAGGACUUUUCAGCCACUUCGAAGGAGCGCUCAAGCCUUUUUUUUUUUUUUUUUUUUUUUUUUUUUAUGAUUUUGUGUCAUUAAAAAAAAACUCAACUAAAAAGGUCAAGUGACACUUGUAGACCUUUUAAACUGGUACUGCUUGUGGUUCCCAAAUCCAACAAAAACAUGGCCAUAAACAUGUUUGUGGACAGAAAGAACAGGACGUUAAGUAUUUGAAUAUUUUUGUAGUAAUUUAUUCCAACCCCCUUAGUUUCGUUGUGAAUCGGCUUCAAGAAGUGGAACUUUGUCGCUGUGUUCCUAGACAGGCACAUGUACACCAAGAGCUCAGAGGUUCUAAACGCUGCCAAGGCCCAGAUGGUUCCUCAACUGUGUCUGUUUUCUAGUUGUGGUUUGUACAUUUUUUGCCUCCUUUAUCUCGAAAGAUUUGUCAGUCUUGAAAGAACUGUCAGUAUUUGAUUAAUGGUUGAUGGACAGGUCAUAGAGUUUACUUUAACAAACAUCUGAAUGUGAAGCAAAUGUGUCCUUAGUUAGCAACAAUGAGGCGAAGCUACGUUAAAGGUAUUUCUCACUCGCUCUGUUUCUGCCACCUUUUUAGCUCGACUUCCCUUUUUGACAGACCAACCUGUUGAAAGUCCAGUCCAAAGGCGGUUGCCUUUUAUAACACACUAAAAAUACUGGAACUCACACACCUCCUCCAGGUGGCACUAUUUAACUAAACUAUUUCUCAAACAGCUGAUAUUGCUGAUGAUAUAUGACAACAACGGUCCAUCAACAGCCAGAAGUCAAAUCAUUAUUGGUCCAACCUUUACGUAAGCGUUGAGGUUACUGUAUGUUAGGACCAGUUGCAGUGUAGGUAUUGUGUUUAUGUCAACAUGAUUGGUAAAACUUUUCCUAGAACCAAAGUAUUAAGUCUGCUUGCAUGUUAAUGUGUCUCGGGGCAGUCCACCCAACCACAACUGGUCCAGGUCCAACCAGCGGACAUUGACGUUACAACCGUGCCAAAUAUUUCUUCUGUUUCUGCUGCUGGCAGGUAGAAGCCAAAAGUGGUUCUUCAUCAAACAUCAAGGUCAAGUCAGUCAUCGGUCAGUCCUGGGUGUUUGGUCUGGGGACUUCAAUUUGUUUUUGUAGGAUCACACAAGAUGCUUCAAUUGCUUCAAGUUUAUGAGCAAACCAACAAGUUGCUAAACCUUUGGGUUGAUUUGGUCCAUGUUGGACGCAGUGCUGUGGAUGAUGAGCUGGUGGUUGUUUUUCCUCGUUCCCAGGUGUCUCCUCCAUACAGUACUGUCAUUAUAUUGGCAGUUGUAGAUAUUUCAUGGGUAUUUGCUGUUUGGUGCUACCAACAAUCAAAAGUCUGCAGUCCUUAGAUUAGUCUUCACCAGAACUGAAGCAGCCUGACCUAGUUGUUACAAUGUCACAUUCGACUUUGACCAUCAGGGACUGGAAGAGUGCUGGUGCCUGAAGAACAAACUGGUACUUCCAUCUAGUCACUGGUCUAUGUGAUUGAUACACCUGUACUUUGUGGUACUUCAGGUCCAUGUUGUUCCUAUGAAGGAAAUGCUCUUUUCAAAAAUGCCCUCCUUGAUUCUCUCUGAGUAAGUCCAAGUUUUUUACUAAAGGAAACAUGGCAUAAGUCCACCAGAGUUGUCGGUCACGUACAGACUGCAGCAGACCCCCGGCGUACUACGUUGAGCCACGUCAGCACGGUGAGCUUCCUAAAUCCGAGAGAGAUGAAGAUUGUUGUCUAUUUUAAUACCAGAGGAGAUGUUUAUUUUUGUAACAAAGUUGCAAAAGCAGAGACUGAUUUCCCAGUAGUCCCUUGGUUUCCCGCAGCAUGACGACAAGUCUCAAUGUGAUUGAGAAUAAAGUGUUGUUUAUUUUGUAAAUACAGUUCCACAUCGUGGUUGCAGGAAACGGAGUUAAAGUGUCGCCCUUUUUCUCUUUGAUCGUUUGUACUCCUGCUGUUUGAAAGACCAGACCAGUGUUUUUGUGUUUCUCCUCAUCUCCUCUAUAUUUUUCCCGCUUCUGUCAUAGUGAUCUGAGGUCUGGAGUAAGGCCUGACUGUCUUUUACAACAUCACACCAAGUGCUGACAUUUCUUUUCACAAUCCUUCAUGUUUUUUUGAGCAAAGUAGUCGACAUUUAGGUUCCCAGCGUUAAACCUCAGUUUGAACACACCUCAGUCUGAAGUAGUGACCACACGCUCCAACAUUAGGCAGCUAAAUCCUCCAACCAUCAAUUUAUUCCGUUCCCAAACAAAUCUAAACCGUUUUCAGUCAGGACCAGGGGUCUCCCAGGUUUCCCAGACUGAGAUCCCUAAACCUCUUCUUUCUCAUCAUGAAGUUAUUAUUUUAAUUAAGGAUAAUGAAUUGAUUGAUUUGUCAAAAACACCUAACAGUGAUACCAGGUCUGGAUCAGACAAACUAAGGCCCACCAACUGGGUUUGAACCUUUGGUUUAAAAGUCCCCCCCCCCCCCCUCCCAGUUUUUUUUUUUUUUUUUACAGUUCUUACCAGGUACCAACAAACAGAGGUCCAGUCGACGCUGGUUUUCUGUUGAACGUUUGUACCAGGGUCUGGACUGGGCCAACCCACAGUGAAUGUUGUUAACUUUGAAGUGACUUUGUUGUAUUUCUUUAUUGUCUGCCGUUACUUGACUGAAAACGUUCACAUGGGUAAAGACUGAGCUGCUGUGGCAUUCUGGGAGUCAAUAGUUUGACUGAGAGUGAAUCCUUCUGUGAAUCCCUUCCUUUUCCCGAUCAAAAUUGUGAAAUGAUCAUUUCCAUUCCACCAGUGGAGGAGCUGUUGGGUCACCACUGAACUGCCCAAUUUGGAUUUUCUAAGCUUGGAACCCAUUAACAAACUGGCCACACGAGGCAGCAGUUGACCAACAGCUCAUUCAUUGAGGUGAGUUGGAGUUAGCGUGAACCUUGGUUUCUGGCAGAUGUGGUGCUUGUGUCCAGCUUCAAAUGACUCUCGUGUCGCGGCCAGCUAUGACGUCUGAUCCUACACUGCCACAUCCCCAAGCCCCUUAUUGGCUCGGUCUCUUAGUGCUGUGUUUUGAUUGGUUGAUGCACUUUAGCCUGGUUUCCCUGAAAGGUUCCAUGCGUAAAUCCAUUUCCCUGUCCUUUUUUUCCAUUGGUAAUUUCUCUUUCUUUCACGUAUCUGCUGUUUUCUUGUCUUCUGGAGAGUUACGUCAAAUCUUGAGAGUAUAUAACAACCCAAGUUCUGACUUAGAAGACUUUGGGCGGUAAGUGGUGGAGUGUCCCAACAGAGGACGAACUCUGCAGCACCACAUGUUUGCCAUUUACCACGCUGUCCUUCUGUUUAUUCCAAAGACAGUGACUCCACCUCUUCAUAACGACUCUGAGUCUGCAGCUGGUUCAUACACAAUGAUCAGAAGACAACACAACUUUAAAACGAGGUUCAAACCUUGGGUUUUAACUGGGGCUUUCAAACUGUCACAAUAGUUUGAAUCUGAUUAAUCGCAGAGUAGAAACUGGUGGCUAAAUACACUUUAAUCUGAUUAAACCUCACAAAUUAUUGUGGUCAUUUCGACAGCCCUAGUUUUCACAGUAACUCUUUUACUGUAUUUAAUCUCUGGUCCAGUUGCUUUUGAGUCGUACGAGUUAAACUUUGACCUAAAUGAAUGAGUUCUACACAGACACGCAGAUUUGUUUUGUGAACAGAUUUUAGAGAACGGUCAUUUUAGAUUUCCUUCACCCUAGUCUGUGACCAUUUCCUGUCUGUACUGUUGUUUGAGUUGGAAGAAAAUAUAUUUGGAGUAGUUUUGCUGAAAAAAAAAAAAACAAAAGAAAGGGAAAACAAAACUAGACUAAACAUU